AAUGAGGCCAUGGCUGUACUCCGAUUGGAUAUUUUCAUUAACGCCAAAAGGUAGAGAACAAAAAAGGCUUUUGAAGAUAUUACAUGGAUUUACCGAAAAAAUUAUUGCUGACAGAAAACUUUAUCAUAAACUCACUAAUGGUCAAUACUUGAAAAACUUUGGUAAUGAAGAUUUCACAGAAGAAAAUUACAUAGAAACGACUAGAACACGGAAAAAACGACUUGCAAUGUUGGAUCAUUUAAUAGCGGCAUCUCGUGAAGGUUUAAUAACUGAUUCUGAUAUUAGAGAAGAAGUCGACACUUUUAUGUUUGAGGGUCAUGAUACUGUGGCAACGGCUCUAUGUUUUAUUUUGGCAUUAUUAGCUGAGCAUAAAGACAUUCAGGAUCGUGUCAGAAACGAAAUCGAUAUUACUAUAAAAGAGAAUGGGAAAAAAUUUACUAUGAAAUUAUUGCAACAGCUACCAUAUUUAGAGAGAUGUGUAAAAGAAGGAUUGCGCUUAUAUCCCAGUGUUUAUAUUAUAUCACGCUUUACUGCAGAAGAUGUAAAAUUACGUAC